AUGGAGUCUUUUCUCGGCCUCGACCUUACAAGGAACUAUUCCUUCUUCACGGUCCCUGCUGCAUUCUUCAUCAUUGCUCUCCCUCACGCCUACACAAUCACUGCCGCCAAGGGAACAUACGACAACGCCAGUCCUCGCACCCACAAAAACAACAUCGAAAAGUGUGAGAACUUUACCAAAUCUGACAAACAAUUCUUCUACCGAGCCAAGGCGGCUACAGAAAACGGAUUCGAGACCCUCGGUCUCUACGCAGCCGGCCUCGUAGCCGCAAACUUUGCAGGCGUACCAACACCUACCAUCAAUGCCUUGGGUUUUAGCUACGUCGCAAGCCGCGUUGCGUACAACAUCGUCUACCUGUGGCUGCAGGCCGAUCGUCGCCUGGCGCCGGUGCGCAGUCUGGUGUGGACUGCGAGUAUCGGAUUCAUCAUCACCUUGUGGAUCAAAGCUGGAAACAAGAUGCUCCCUUUGUAG